UAUUCCAAUUCCCACGUACAGGAAAUUCCAAUUUCCAACAGCCAAUAACAGCCAGUUCAAAGAUUUUCUCUCCUAAAAUAUUUGCAACAAACAAACAUACACACACAAACACAACACAACGCAACACAACACACACCAGCUUUCCUUUUCCUUCUUCUGAGCUUCCGAGGUUUUGUUCAUCUUCAAACCCCCCAAGAAUAAUAAAAAAAUAAUAAUCCAAAUUUCUUUAAAUCGGAAAACCCUAUUUUCCCAAAUCUCAGAUUUUGGUCACAGAAAAAAAAGAAAAGAAAAGAAAGCUCCUUUAUCCUUUGAUUCUCUUUGUUUGUGCAUUUUUUUUUUUACAAGUAUGGGGGACAUGAAAGACAAGGUCAAAGGGUUCAUGAAAAAAGUCAACAAUCCCUUCUCAUCUUCAUCUUCAUCUUCCGGUAAAUUCAAGGGCCAAGGUAGAGUCUUGGGAUCUUCUUCUUCUUCUUCAGGACCCACUAAUCCAAUUCUAUCUCGCCCUUCUUCCCAAAUUCAAAACCCAUCUCCACAGCCUCGGAAAGAACCCAAUUUCGUGACUUCAAAUUCCAAACCCAAGCCUUUGCCUCAGAAAGCACCCAUUUCUGAUCACAAAGAUAGCUCGGAUUUGACGAAUGAUUCGACCCCAAAUCGCAAACCGGCAAAUGGGUUUGAUCCAUUCGACUCGAUGAUCACUUCUGGGAAGAGAUCACAAAAUGGGUAUUCACUAAAUGUGUAUGAAUGUCCGAUUUGUGGGCAGUCUUAUAGGUCUGAAGAAGAGGUGUCUGCACAUGUGGAUACUUGUGUCAAUAACUCGGUUGAAGCUAAUGGUGGUGGUGGUGGUGGUGGUUCGGAUUUGGCCGAUAAUGGGGCGGAGUCUAGGAGUGAAUUGGAGUGUCGCGUUGGUGCUUUUGUGUCCGGGAAGCCAUCGGAGGGAUCGGUCGAGGUUGUUCUUAAGCUGUUGAGGAAUAUCGUGAGGGAACCGGAGAAUGCCAAGUUUAGGAGGAUUCGGAUGAGUAAUCCGAAGAUAAGGGAGGCCAUUGGUGAGGUUGCAGGAGGGGUUGAGUUGUUGGAGUUUGUAGGUUUUGAAUUGAAAGAAGAGGAUGGAGAGAUGUGGGCGGUCAUGGAGGUCCCUACAGAGGAACAGAUUAGUUUAAUUAAUCGUGCAACGGGGUUAUUGGGACCGCAAAAGGUUGAGGAACCACAAAAGAAAGAAGAUUUGCAGUCUGCAGCUUCAGCUAUUGUGGAAAAACAGAUUGAACCAAAGAAGGUCGACAGGCAGGUCCGGGUAUUCUUUUCUGUCCCUGAAAGUGUAGCAGCAAAAAUUGAGCUACCGGAUUCUUUCUAUAACCUCUCAUUGGAAGAGAUCAAAAGAGAAGCUGAUAUGAGGAAGAAAAAGAUGGCAGAAUCUCAGCUCUUGAUCCCAAAGUCAUUCAAGGAAAAGCAGGCAAAAGCUGCUAGGAGGCGGUACAAAAAAACUGUUAUCCGGAUUCAGUUUCCUGACGGAGUGGUGCUCCAAGGUAUCUUCAAUCCUUGGGAGCGAACCAGCUCUCUCUAUGAGGAUCAGUCCCUCAUUUGGUAACUGGAAUUAAUUGCUACACCUAUUCAGAUGAGUUCUAAAUGAGAAACAUGGUUUUGUAAUUCCUAGUCCAUGUGUUAUACUCCAGCUUCCACUUACUUGUUUGGCAUGUAAAUUUUCUUUUUGGAGUAUUUUUGUGAUAAGACUGACAAAUAACAACCCUCAGCAUGCUGGAUGCUGGGUGGAAAUAUGGCUGUCCCGCUGGCAAUGUCCCACCUUAUUUUUUUGGGGUUGGACUUUGGCCCCAAGGGUGAUGUGGCAUUGUACCAAUAUUCAGUUCAUAUUUGUCCAAUUCAGCCACAGCUAAAGUCUUUUUGGCUUAAAUCUGAACACAAAUUACUUAUUCACAAACAGUUUGAAGAUUCUAAGGCACAAUGUAUGGUUAUAUUGUCUUAACUCGUCCUUAAAGUUAAAAUUUUUUACUUGUUUCAGAUUAACAAUAUAAUUUAUAUUUCUGCUUGGAAAGAAAUAUGUUUAUGAAUGUGUGUCUGUCUGCAUAGAUGCGUAUUUUUGAGCAUUGUGGUCUACAUUAGGUUUGCUGAUUGAUUUGGACUUUGUUUAUCACUGAGGACCUUAUAUUUGUGAAUAGUUUCCUGUCUUUUCUGAAAAAAAAAAUGAGGAUAAAUAAUCAACUAUGGUGUCUCUGAUUCUGAAUGAAUGUUAUGAACUUCAGUUU